UAUUUUACCCUUUUUGCUAAAGAGGAAGUUCAAUUCAAGCGAUAGGGAGUAAAAAUACCUCCGUAAAUCAACGAUUUCAAGUCUGCAUUUUCCUGAAUAGCCGAAAAAGACCACGCGAAGAAAUUGGAAGGAAUAACCACAUGUAAAGAUUGAAAGAUGACAAUCCAGUUCUUCAUCAGUGGUAAAUGGAAAGGUUACUUUAUAGACAACAGGUUUUCUGCUGGAGGGCCGGCCAACAACAAGUGGUACAUGGACAUUAACAUGGCUUUUGGAAACAACCAUCAAUUCACUGCAACUGGGAGUGAUGAAGUUGGUCACUUCAAUUUUGAGGAUGGAAAAAUAACAGAUGGUAAAGUAACAUUCUGCAAGGCAUACAAUAGCCACAACGUGUAUUACGAAGGUGAAGUAAAAGGAACGAAAUUAGAAGGUCAAUGGUGGCUUGAGGAUGCCCCUUCUACAAAGGGUGAUUGGGCCAUGUGGCCUGCAACAAGUUCAGACAUCUGAGUCUCAGAAAGGAUCAAUUCAAAGCCCAAAGACCUCUUGUUGCGUGUCCAAAUAUACCAGUUGAAGGAAAAUCAUCUGUAACUGUUGUUUCUAUUUAAAAUUCACUUUAUGAAAUAAACUAUUCUUAUGAAA